AUGCUCACUUAUCCGAAAAUCAGUAUCACAGCCAAGCGACUACCCACAUCUGAUCCCAUCGGGCAAUGGCCAAUGCUCCAAUUGACAUGUCUUAACCUGGGAUGCGAUAAUGGCGCUUCGGUCAUUGACCUGCCAGACAGCUCCGGUACCACUAUGGCCCUCGGGUUCCGACCAGAGCCAGGCUGUCCUCAAUAUGGCCGCCGCGUCAAAUGUCUUGACCUACAACUUGUGAGGAUUCGGCCCAACAAAUAUAUAACAGCAUCGAGUCGUGGCAGCGUUGGAGACGAGACAUCGUUCAGAUCUGGUGAGCCCAUGGGCACAGUCAUCGUACGUCAAGGUGAAAUCACUCCAGCCUGGAAGAAUGCACUGGCUGAGCUUCUUUUGAUAACAGCAUCCAUAACCAACAUCACAUUGCUGAUACCACGCACUCAUUAUCUGCCUCUCCUCCAAUUCACUACAAACUAA